UUAAGAUGACCGAAAGUCUGUGUAGAAUUGACGCAGUGUCAUGUAAGUCUAUUAUCUUCAACAUGUCUUUGAUAUUUUAGGUCGGAAUGCGAAGCACCACGGGGCCGAAUUGGCGCCCGAUAUUUUGAACGUGGAAACAAGUGCCACAUCCGACAUGCGCGCGCUGUACAAGCCCCAGUAUCCGGUAAACAUUUCGUUCGUGCACCAGGAAAACAUGUAAUUUAUUAAUUUGGAUUAAUCAGGAAGUGUGGAAAUGUCACUUGGGACACGUUGAUGCUAAUUAACAUGUACAACUGAUGUGAUCCGGACUGAUGUGUUGAGAGGAUUUAACGAAAAUGGGUGUCGGUGAUUUGCAAACGUUUUUGGAAAGCUCCAGUUUGGACAGGGGAGCAGUUUCGGUGGAUUUAAUUAAAAUUGCCAGGAAUGUUACGCAGCGACAGCAACCGCACAACACCAACCGCAAAAUUAGGCCCAUUGGCAAUAAGUUGAAACUCAUCAUUGAUGCUGAAGAUUGUUUGGACAGGUUAUAUGGAGGAUAUUUCUCAGAUUGGGCAUGCGGUGGCCAGUGGAACCGCAUGGUGCAGUUCCUCUCGUUACUGACCCGAGCUCUCGAACGCGGCAACAUCGAACUGGCCGCAGUCUUCAACGGCACAAUUGAACAGUGUCGCAUGAGCGAAUGGGUGGCCGAACAGGCGAACGUACGACAAAAGGUCGGCAUGGUGCUGAAGCAUAUCAACACCAAAGCCACACCGCCGCCGAAGAUCUGGUGGACGGCACCAACCUGCAUCAGAUCCUCGCUCAGGAUGGCUCUUAGACAUUUAGGUGUUACUGUGAUGUGUACAAUGGACGAUCACCACCAGGAAGUGAUCGCAUACUGUCGGGAAUACGGAUUCCACGGAUUGUUAGCGGACGACGCCGAGUACGCCGCCUUCGAUCCGCCCCGCUAUUUCUCGUCGGAAAAUCUGAAACUCACAUACAAGGGAUCAAUCGAAACCAAAGAAUAUAUGAUAAGUGAACUGACUAAAACGCUGAAAAUCACCCAGGAACAAGUCUGCGUUAUGGCCGCCCUAUUGGGCAAUUUUCUUUUACCCGAAAGCGAUUUACAAGACCUGUACAAACAGUUGAACAUAACGAAAGUCUCGCCCGAAUCGGGCCCGGAAUCCAAUAUCGAAAUCCUGGCACGAUUCGUUCGAACGUUGCCGCCACCCUCAGAAAUGGAGGCUCUGGUCGUUGCCGUGUUCGGUAGCUCGGAUGAUAAGAGAGCCUCUAAAUUUAGACAAUCAGUACAAUACUAUCUCAACGGCACUGCCAGCGGUUUUUUGAAGUACUGUACGCCCGUCGUCAAUCCCGCGGACAAAAAGAAAACUGCCCCACAAACCACAACCGCCACCGUGACGGCGAACUGCACCAACAAGGUAGAGGAUCACGACUUAGACACGUCUGGCUUUGCAUCUGAAACCACAGAACAAGAGCAAGAAAGUAUGCAGAAGUACAUUGAAGCUACCGCAAACACUGUUAUAACAGACUUGGAAGGACUGGAAUCAGAUACCAUAAAAGACUUACAAAACGAUGAUUCAAAUUAUUCAUCGGAUACUUCACGAUUUAAUGGACUAUCGAAUGGGUCGUUGUCCAGUGGACGAAGUACCACCAGUUGUCAGUCAAAUAAUAAAAGCAAUUUGAUGGGUAGCUCCAGUACCAGCAGCCAACCAUCCUCACCAAAACAUUCAUCAGAGUUAACCAAUUCAACUAGUUCAAAUAUAGUAACACCAACGGUAUCACCGGACGUUUUAAGGACAGCUUCCCUUCGUCACCAGAAGGGCCUGAUGGCACCUAUGAUUUUACACGUUCUCAGCACUCAAGAAGUUCGGUUACCAUGUUUGAUGGAGGACGAGGGAAACCGAGAAAUUCCACCCAUUCACGACAUUUACCAAAACCUUAGACAACACGUUUACGCCGUAUUAUUUAAUUUACACCACUUGCGUUACGUCCACGCCCAGAAAAAAGAGUCCGGAGAGAUCCCGGAAAACAGUCCCCAACCUGAAAUCGUAGUCAAAGAGUGGGUGUACACGCGCUCCAACCCUUACCAAUAUCCUGAGGAACUGAAAGCUGAACCGCUACCGUGGGCCGUACCGACACUGCAGCGGUUGUGGUUCGGACCUUCCGUCGACGACAAACGGCGUCGCAUGCGCGCUCUCCUCUCCUGCCUCAACUCCGACACGCCCCUCAUCCUGAACACCAGCCACGUGCCCCAUCAUAUGUUAAUAAUGGCGUGCGUGCUGCGCUACAUCAUGUCGCAGGACAGGCCGGUGCUGCGCAGAAACGAGCUCGACGCCUUCUUAUGCCACGCCUUCAACCCGAACCUUAUGAAUCCGCAGUACCUGCAAGAGUUGACGCUAAACAUGGUGACAAGCCGCGGCGUCCAACUGGCCGCUCUGUUCAUGGAAGGCGUCGACAUGGCACUGCUGGCGAACGACGCCUGCGGUGCUCCGUUGCCCUGGCUUAUGUGCUGUCCUUGGCUGUAUUUCGACGGGAAGUUGUUCCAUCACACCUUGAACAGAUCGGCGCAGGCCAAAAGUCUUCUGGAGGUGUGCGAAAAUUAUAUGGAUCGGGUUUUCAAGGUGGAACGCAUGAGGAAAGCUAUUUUGGAGGGUUUGGACGUCAAGUUUGCCAAGAUGCCCAUUCAACCACCUUACUCAGCAGGUAUGAUGCGUCAGGGCAUACCGCCACCACACUGUCUGCCAACAAUGCUCUUACCUUCGAGCAGAACCGGACCCUCGCCGAUGCGACACCAACGUCCGGUUCCGUCCAGGGGUGGGCAGCUGCAAGUUGCCGGCGUCGUAGUCGGCUCCUGGGGCGCCAACUACGGCUUCCAUCAGCCGCCUCGUCAGGGCGGAGCCGGUGGCGCUGGCGCCGGAAUGGCAGCUUCCGGGUAUAACAUGGGUGGUCGGGGCAGAGGUGGAGGUUCAGGACCUGCACAACUUCAUGGCGGAGGGUUUAACCACUACGGCGGAAGGGGCAGAGGACAGAGGAAGCUUGGGGGAUCGGGUGGGCCGCCGACCUAUCCGGUUAAUAACAGAAAAAAUCCGGCAAACAAAAAGCGUAACACUAACAAAUCUAACAAAACUCAAUUACCACGGGGAAUAGUCGUAACUGUUAAAAAUGAUAAUGGUGACGAGGUCGGAUCGAAGUUAGAUAGGACGGGCAGCUCUGGCACGACGAAACUGGAGGAAUGCACCAAAACUCCCGAGCACAAGGGCCAGGGCGACGCACCUGUUCCCCAAUUGGAGACCAACUAAAAUCGUUUUUUAGUGUGCUCCUCUCGUCUACCCCAUAAACCCCAUUUCCUCCCUAUCCCUUCUACGAAUAUGUUUUAAUCUGGUGGACGACCUCGGAAUUUAUUAUAGUUCGGACUCGAUUACAGUGACUGUGACUGUUCUCACGAUAGAAUGACAACGAUAUAAAAGACAGUAUAGAUUUUUUAAUUAAAACCCAUGAGCAGUGUUAGUGCCGCCGGUGUUGUUGGCUAGGUUUAAGUCGGAUAUACUUGUUUAUGGAAAGACGUUAUUGAUAAAAAGGAGGACAUUGACACUGCUGAGCUGUGUUCAGAUGGUCUGCAGACUGAUUGUUUGAAAGCAUAUGUAUAUUUUUCUAUGUUUGUUACAACUGUUAUAAUUAUAUAUUGACUGAGAGAGCGCUCCAAGAGUGCAACUGUGAUCAUAUUUAUGGUAUUUAUACGUUAGAUCUGUUGAUUGAUUGAUAAAAAUAAGGCGGCGUACAUUUUAAUUAAAGUUUUAUUAUGAAUGAAAUUAAUUAGUUACAAUCUACGUCGUCAAUGUGAUCAGAAUGAAAAGGUUAUGAUGAUGGUUCGCUAUAUAAUAUAUAUAUUCGAUGACCUUUCGGUGUAAUAUUUGAAAAAUGAUUUAAUAAAACUGGACAAAACAUACAGGUAUGGCCUUUUUGCAUUUUCAACUCAAUACAGUUGCUGCCAAUACUGUUUGUUUGUGUUCUCUUCUAAUUCAACAUAUGCAUUCCAAAUUGCAUGCCGUUUUAGAAACUCAUUCAUGAAUUCAGGUAGUUUACAUUGAUGUAACUGUAUUGAGUGUUUUAUUAUACAAAUAAUAUUGACAAACCGAAUGUCCAUUACAACUUGGUAUGUGAAUUUCGUAAACAAUAUUGCCCGAUUAAUAUACAUGCACAAUAUUUAUGUAAUGAUGAUAUUGCAUCAGUCUUACUGUUGAAUGGAAUUUACUUUUUCUGUUAGUGACUCUAAAAUUUCAGGCACAUUUGCGAUAACGGAAAAAGUAUUAACUAUUCUAUAGACUAUGAAAUUUUGUGAAUGUUCAGAACUGCGCUAUUGCUCAUAGAAGACAAUAUAGCUUUGAAAAACUCCACUGAACUCCAAAAAAUGAAAAAACAAAGUGAAAGAUAUUUGUAUUAAAUGAAUCAAAAAAGGAUUCUUGUUUUAAACCAGAAAAUAAAUAUCAUUGCUUGACAAAAGAAAAAACCACGGAAAAGAUUCAAUAUUUUAUGUAGCUGUUUAUCAAACAAAACACGUUGUAGUCCUUGAAUUACAAUUAUAUUUAGCUCACACAAAUGGUAUAGAUUUAUUAUCUUAGAGAAAAAUAUUAAAAAAACAAUCCAAGCCGGAUGAAAUUCUAGUAAUUGUUCGUGAAAACUAUAUACUCUAUUUAUUUGUAAAAUUUGUCCUGCGUUUACGUCAUUUACUAAUUGAUGAGUUUUACAUUCGCUUUUUUUUAUUCACAUCCUCUUUUUAUUUUGUGUAUGGUUGCUUUUUAUUUUAGUUUAUAAGCGAAUGUUUCAAUAUUUCGUUUGGGGAGGUCACUUUGAGUUUUCCCGUGAUUAAUUUUUUGCCCCACGUUACAAUGAAGUUAAUUGUGAAAUGACUGGCCUCCUUAAUUGUUUAAAUAAUCAUAAUCUUAUUAAUAAUAGUAUAUUCUAAUGCUUAACAUAUUUAGAGAUAUUUGGAAUCGUAGCAUAUUUAUGAAGUUUUUUUUCUUAUUUUUUUUUGUUUUGUUCGUAAUUCACUAUAUUCAAAGAUAUUUAACAUUGUAUUUCUGAUAUAUAUGUGUAUAUUGGCUCUGUGGGUGAGAGGGCAUCCAUGCAAUUUAUUAUUCUUAUUAUGAUUAAAAUAUAAAUACUUAGAAAUAGUACUGCGUAAUUGUGAUUUUGGAAAACACUUGGGACAAUAUAAUGGCUCCUCUCGAUUAAAAACGUAACCGAUCAUUCUUCACGAUUUUGGCCGUUUUUUGAUUGCUUAUAUUCAUGUUAAAUAUAUUCACACUUGUCCGCUAGUAUUGUCUUGAUGUACCUUCUGAGAUCACCGUGAAUUCAAUUUUCACUUUUUUCUUGUAAUUCAACUUAUAUAAAGGUAAAAUAAAAUAAAAAAAAUUAUAAAAACAUAACCGUUCAACUGUUAGACAGUUUUUUGAAAAUGGGCAACAGAAACCUUUGUAUUUAGUAUUUGUGGGCAGAUGAUGAGAACUACGGAUGUAAGACAGAAGGAUUUUAGCGAGUAAUUCUGUGCAGUUGAAAGAGUUUGUUUAAUAUAUAAUAUACAAAUGAACCAUUAAA